GGUUUAGGAAGAUCUCCCAAGGAACGAGCUAGCAGCUUAAGCAACAAGUUGAACGUUAAUGAAGAAUACAAGGAAGCUUUCAGGACGAAGUCUUAUGUGGAAAUGUGGAGCAAGAUUCAGGACCAGCUAAGAAAAAGACGCGUUGAUGGAGUUGACAAAGUCACCUCACCGUCCUCAUCUCUUCCUUUCUAUCUCCAUCUCUCUGAUUAUUUGUUUGAACCACAGCAGCAAGCGACCCUGAGAGAGAUGAUAGAAAGCUUGAGGUUUCAUCACUUUCUGAUUGAUUACUUUGAAGCCAGAUCAGAAGCAUGUCAUAUUUGCGAUUUGCUUCUUCAAUGCAUCCAGCAAACACGUGCUAAUUAUAAGAAAAUUAGAAGGGUAAUCAAGUUAAGCAAAAGGGUGCGAGAUUCUGCAGAUUAUUCAGAUAAGAUUUGCAUCGCAAUGUUUAGAGAGCUUGCUGCGUAUGCAGUGCUUGAAAAUCCAUUAUCGAUGUUUUCUACCACUGUAAAAUUCAAUGAUUUUCAUGAUAACAACUUGGUGUUGCUCCAUGGAUUGAAUUCAGAACAGAGAAAGAUUACGAGGAAAGCAAAGUUCAGAAGGAUAUGCAUGAAGGUUGGAGGAGGGUGUCUUGUCAUAUCACAUACUGCAGUUCUAAUUGCCUUGCUUGUAAUUGCAAUCCAUGGCAUAGUUGGCAUUGUGGCUGCACCAGGAAUAAUGGGUUGCUCGUUGUAUGUAUUCAGAAAGCAAAUCAAGUUGGUUCAUCGGGGGCUUGAGACAAGCUUGCUUGAAAAAAGACUUGGUGCACAGCUAGAUCUUGCAGCCAAAGGAACUUACAUAUUGAUCAAAGAUUUUGAUACCAUGAGUAGACUCGUGAGGAGGUUAUUCGAUGAGGUAGCACGCCGUAAAGCUCUUGCUGAUAUGUGUGUAAGGAAUAAAAAACCUGAACUGUUGAAAGAGGUCGUGAAAGAAUUUCACACUCACGACUUGUGCUAUCUGGAGCAGCUAGAAGAACUCGAGCAACACAUCUACCUGUGUUUUCAUACCAUAAAUAGAUCCAGAAGGCUUGUUAUGGACGAGAUAAUGGCUGCACCCGAGAAUAGUAGAGCUGAUGAUCAUCAACAAAAGAUCUUACAAGGAUGA